AUGCCAUUCCAUGGUACCAGGCAGGAAGAAGUGGAAGGUGAACUCAGUGAAGAAGAACGCUGGUUUGGAAACUCUUCAGAAACUCCUUCAGAAGCGUCAUAUGGAGAAGUCCAGGAGAACUUUAAGUUGUCUCUUGAGGACAGAAUCCAAGAGCAGUCCACUUCCCCAGAUACUUCUUUGGGAAGUGCAACUCCUAGCAGCAACACAGCAGAGCUGGGAUCCAUUGAAAACGAGGUACUAAGAGACACAUUACAGAGCAAAGAGCACCUUUCUCCUGAUGUGUCAUCUCUCUGUGAAGAAGAACCUCCUGGUCCGAAUAAGCCACUGAGUAGUAACCUGAGGCGGCUACUGGAGGCUGGCUCACUCAAGCUGGAUGCUGCUGUUACAGUCAAUGGCAGAGUCGAGUCCCCUGUAAAUCUUGGCUCAAAUCUCUCCUUUUCUCCACCUGCUCAUCAUGCCCAGCAGCUAAGUGUUCUUGCCAGAAAGCUUGCUGAGAAACAGGAACAAAGUGACCAAUACAAUGCAGGUAGUCACUUUAUAUGGAAUCAAGGUAAGUGGUUGCCAAACUCAACCACCACCUGUGGUUUGUCUCCUGAUUCAGCUAUCCUGAAACUGAAAGCCGCAGCCAAUGCCGUUCUGCAGGACAAAUCUCUUUCAAGGACUGAGGACACUGUAAGAUUCGAAACCUUUUCCUCACCUUUUAGUUCUCAGUCAGCCAGCUCCACGUUAGCAGCUUUAUCUAAGAAAGUGAGUGAAAGAAGCAUGACUCCUGGACAGGAGCAUCCGCCUCCGGCUAGUUCUUUCCUUUCUCUGGCUUCCAUGACCUCUUCAGCUGCCCUUCUCAAGGAGGUUGCUGCAAGGGCUGCAGGCACCCUGUUGGCUGAGAAGAAGAAAUCACUGGUUGCUGAGGAUCCCCUGCAGCUUUCGGAGAUGAAGCAAGAGAAAGCAACACCACCACAGUCUUUGGAAUUACUGCUACUGCCAGCCCCUAAGGGAAGAGCAUCCAAACCCACUAGUACAGCCCCAGAAGAAGAAGGAGGAAAACCUUUCCAGUGUCCGAUCUGUGGUUUGGUUAUCAAGAGGAAAAGUUACUGGAAACGGCACAUGGUGAUUCAUACAGGUUUGAAAAGUCAUCAGUGUCCGCUCUGUCCAUUUCGCUGUGCACGCAAGGACAAUCUCAAAUCACACAUGAAGGUUCAUCAGCACCAAGACAGGGGUGAGACCUUUCAAUGCCAGCUAUGCCCUUUUACCUCCUCCCGCCACUUCAGCCUGAAACUCCAUAUGCGUUGCCAUCAACAUUUCCUCAGGACAGAAUCCAAAGUGAAGGAGGAAAUACCAGAAACUGAGGUGAAGGGGUCACCACAGCUAAACAGUGACUCCUGCCUGGGACCACAGAGGGAAGGAGGUGGACCUGAAAUUACGGGAUCAGCAUCUAUAUCUAAAACACCCAAUGUGGCUGGGCAGCCUGGUGGAGGUAUUCCACCUCUACUAGUGAAAGAAGAGCCCAAAGAUGACAAUGGCAUCUCAGCUGCACCUUUUGCUCUUAGCACUGUUGACAGAGCCCCCAACAACACAAAGCUGAAAGACGACUCUGACUUUGUCGCCAAUACAGCAUCAGCACUAUUCAGCCAAGACAUCUCUGUCAAGAUGGCGUCAGAUUUUCUUAUGAAGCUGUCAGCCGCAAAUCAAAAAGAGCCCUUGACUCCUAAAUUUAAAGUGAAAGAGGAGCCUAAGGAUGAAGAAGCGACAGGUUCAGCCUUGUCUCAGUCCAGCUACAUGUUCAGCCAUGAAUCCGAAGCCUCAGCUCCAAAUGUCCCUGAGGAGAAGCUCAAGCCGCAGGAAGUACAGGCAAAUGUGAUGAGGCAGGACGUGUCAGUCAAGGCAGCAUCUGAACUCCUCAUGAAGCUCUCAGCUGAGAGUUACAAGGAAACCCAGAUGGUAAAGAUAAAGGAAGAACCAAUGGAAGUUGACAUUCAUGAUUCACAGGCUUCAGUGUCACCCAGCCAACCCAGCCAAAACUUUGGCUACAGCACUUUAUUAGGGCGAGACAUUAGUGAACACAUACAGAAGGCACCAGAAGGUCGUGUGCUCCCAGAAAGAAAUCUAUUCAGCCAAGAUAUAUCAGUGAAGAUGGCAUCCGAGCUGCUCUUCCAGUUAUCAGAAAAGGUGAGCAAAGAGCACAACCACAAUAAAGAUAACACCAUCAGAACUACAGCCAGCCCAUUCUUUUCUGAAGACACGUUUAGACAAUCACCGUUCACUUCCAACUCAAAAGAUCUCCUGCCUAAUGAAACUACUCUUCAUGGAAGGACAUCUGCACCAGGUCAGAUACCUUUUUCUUUCAUUACUUCCAGAGGGGUGAAAGAGUGGGGGAAGGUAUCCCCUCCAGUUUUCCCCACAGAUGUCUGCUUUAGAGUAUCUGGGGCUGCUCUGUCCCGGCAUCUCUCGCUGCACACAGAAGAGAGAAAAUACAAAUGCCACUUGUGCCCCUAUGCUGCUAAGUGCCGUGCUAAUCUGAACCAGCACCUGACCGUCCAUUCUGUGAAGCUGGUGAGUACAGACACUGAGGACAUUGUCAGCGCUGUCACUUCUGAAGGCAGCGAUGGAAAGAAGCACCCUUAUUACUACAGCUGUCAUGUGUGUGGGUUUGAGACAGAGAUGAAUGUCCAGUUUGUCAGUCAUAUGUCCCUCCACGUGGAUAAAGAGCAGUGGAUGUUCUCCAUUUGCUGUACAGCGUGUGAUUUUGUCACUAUGGAAGAGGCAGAUAUGAAGGCUCAUGUCAACAGCAAGCACACAGGUGAUGAUCCCUCUACACCCAGUGAAUCUAACAGUCCAUCUUCAUCUUCGCUGUCAGCACUGAGCGACUCUGCCAACAGCAAAGAAGAUGCAGAUAUAACCCCAAAAAACAAGGGUUCAAACAACCUGCUAGUCAUUUCUGUAGUGCCUGGUAGCCAGACCUCAGUGAACACUGAAGAGAAGUCAGAGAAAGGCUUUGAAUGUGUUUUCUGUAACUUCGUCUGUAAAACAAAAAAUAUGUUUGAACGCCAUCUGCAAAUCCACCUGAUCACACGGAUGUUUGAGUGUGAUGUGUGCCACAAGUUCAUGAAGACACCUGAACAAUUACUGGAGCACAAGAAAUGCCACACUGUCCCCACCGGUGGGCUCAAGUGCCCAUUCUGCAUCUACUCCACUAACCGCCCCGCAGCAAUGGAGUGCCACCUGAAGACUCACUACAAGAUGGAGUACAAGUGUCGGAUCUGCCAGACAGUGAAAGCAAAUCAGCUGGAGCUGGAGAUGCACAUCCGAGAACACCGCCUUGGCAACCAUUACAAGUGCGACCAGUGUGGCUACCUGUCCAAGACCGCCAACAAACUGAUUGAGCACGUGCGUGUCCACACCGGUGAGCGCCCUUUUCACUGUGACCAGUGCAGCUACAGCUGCAAACGCAAAGACAAUCUCAACUUGCACAAGAAACUGAAGCAUGCUCCACGCCAGACUUUCAGCUGUGACGAGUGCCUGUUCAAGACUACACACCCUUUUGUCUUCAGCCGCCACGUGAAGAAGCACCAGAAUGGGGACUGCUCUGAAGAGGAGAAGAAGGGCCAGUAUUCAAUCGCCAAGGAAGCCAGUCCACUCCUACCAGUGAACAGCUCCAGAAACCUCCUGUCACCCCUCUCAGUUAUGUCUGCCUCCCAGGCUCUGCAAACAGGGGCGAGGUCAGCUGCCCACGGCAGCGGGGCAGAGCCGAACUUGGCAGUGAAAGCCUUGGCCAUCAACGGCACUUCCCUGUGCUUCGAUAAAUACUGGAACUCAGAGUUUGCCCACCUUAUUCCUUUAACAAUGUUUUUCCCCAAAAACCACUAUGAUCUCACAUUCCAUCCACCCAGACCUCAGACUGCACCUGGAGGUGCCUCUUCACCUAAACACUCCUUCCUUGCCUACCUUGGACUAACAGAAAGGGCAGAAACUGUCUGAGGGCAGUUACAUUCUGUACCAAAAAUACCCCGACAAACCCAGCAGGUAUACGUUGCUGCAAAACAUAGACCGAAGAGGUAACGAACACUUGUACUAUAUCGUUAGUAAAGUUUAGAAGAUGGCUCUGUGUGUAUAAUUAUUGCAUUGACAUGAAAGCUGCUUUAUUAAAUCUUCAAGAGGUGACCUACUGCAUACUUCUACCUUCAGAGGCAUGUUCCCAGUACUCUUAUCUAAGAAACUAUUUUGUCUUGUUAAGCUGAAAAAGAGUGUCCUUAAUUGGCAAUCAGCACUUGUACAAUUACAUAUUGAUGCAUUUUAUUCUGGGGCUUUGUGUGCGUGCAGACGCGUGAAAGAGAGUCUGCCUGGAGCGUGCCGUGACAUUACUUUUGCACAUCCCUUGUAUUGGCUUAUUUAAUUAUUAUUCUUUUCCCCUUAUCACACACUUGCUCCCUCCCUCCCUCCCUCACUCCCUCCCUCCGUCUCCCCCUGAGCAGAGCUGCGGCAGG